AUGCCCGCGACCCGUCGCACGCCGAGUAAACGUCCGAGCGCGCCGCGUGCCAGCGCCCGCGUGCCCGCUCACGCGUCGUCGUCGUCGACGAAGCGCUCGCCCCAAAAGCGAAAGUCGUCCAAAUCGACGCCGAAACCACGCGCCGUCACGCCCACGAAGCCGCACUUUGAGUUCGGGGGACCUAUAGGGGCUCUGGGGAUCACCGUCGUCCUCCCGCUCGUGUGCUACUUUCUCGUGCAUGCUUGUAACGAGGACGGAUGCGUCGAGGUCGGGCGGCUCGCGCGCGAGGGCGCGAAGGCUCUCCCGGGGUUCCCGUCGCACAUGCCGCUCGCGAGCGCGCGAGGGACGGUGUACGCGCUCGGUUGGAUGGCAUUCACAGUGAUGAUGCAUGUCUUGAUCCCUGGUGCGGUGAAGGAGGGCGUGACGCUACCGGACGGGACACGCCUGCGGUAUAAGCUCAACGGGUUUCGAGUGUUCGUCGUGACAAUGGCGGUGGUAGUCUUCGGCACGAGAGCGAACGUGGUAGAUCUCGCGAGUGUACACGAUGAGUUCUUAUCCAUGCUUACGGCGAUGGUGGUGUUCGCAUACGUGCUGUCGACGUAUUUGUACGCGAGCUCGUUCGGACGAGGCAAGAUGCUCGCAGCGGGCGGCGACAGCGGGAACGCAGUGUACGAUUUCUUCAUCGGACGCGAGCUCAAUCCAAGAAUCAUGAACGGGGCGUUCGAUUUGAAGGUUUUCUGCGAGUUGACGCCCGGAUUAAUCGGUUGGUUGUUGUUAGACUUAGGUUUUGCCGCGAAGCAGUACGCUCGAAUUGGCACCGUCACUGCGCCGAUGGUUUUGGUGUGCGUCUUCCAAGGGGCGUAUGUUAUUGACGCUUUGUGGAAUGAACCAGCGAUUUUGACCACAAUGGACAUCACCACCGAUGGUUUCGGUUUCAUGCUUGCGUUCGGAGACUUAGUAUGGGUGCCGUUUACGUACUCGCUGCAGUGCCGGUACAUCCUUGAGCACUCGGUGAGAAUAUCUAACGCGCACGUUCUCGCCAUCCUCGUGGUGCAGUGCGUGGGAUACUGGAUUUUCCGUGGCUCUAACUCUCAGAAGAACUUGUUCAGGACUAACCCGAACGACCCGAGGGUGUCGCACCUGAAGACGCUUCAGACCAAGCGUGGCACCAAGCUCAUUGUCAGCGGUUGGUGGGGAAUCUGUCGCCACGUCAACUACCUCGGCGACUGGAUCAUGGCCUGGGCGUGGUGUCUCCCGUGCGGAUUCUCUCACCUCGCCCCGUACUUCUACGUCAUCUACUUUGGCAUCCUCCUCGUGCACAGAGAUGGCAGAGACGGCGAAGCGUGCGAGAAAAAGUACGGAGCCGACUGGACGCGAUACUGCCAACUCGUCAAGUACCGCCUCAUUCCCUUCGUGUACUAG